AUGAAGACCUCUGUAGUGUUUUCAGCGCUCCUAGGAGUUGUUACGGCACAGACAAACUCGGCGGCUAGCGAAACUCCAAUACCAUCACUCAAUCUGGAGCCAACACCAGCACCGACACCAACAGCAGACGAUACCGACAUCAAACCCAGCACUAUUGCUGCAGUAUCAGGACCGAUAAAAACCAGCGAAGCAUGUGGAAAUAUCGCUGCCUACGUCGUGGAUUCAACAGACAAGUACCCAGCCGUGGAGGCCGAACUCGCAUACGCAUGCUUAAAGUCUCUACCAUUCAACUCGGAAGAUGCAUCAACUACCCUUGAUGAAAUCAAGAAGAUGGUUCAAUUCCAAUCCACGCUGAGCUAUCUCAAGGACCCGCCCAAGGGAUGGCCAAACGAACCUGUGGACAUCAUGGCCGGUCUGGAAGAUAUCAGGGUGAAGGUCGAGAGCCCAACGUACACAAACGAGUAUGACUUUGAAGCAGACAUUGCGGCCUUGCUUGUCAAAGCGCAUGAUGGGCAUCUGGCUUGGAAUGGCAUGGUAUAUGCAGCAGCUUUCUUGUGGCGAAGAAGCAGUGAUUUUGCGUUGAUUUCCGCAUCCAAAGACGGCAGCGAGAUACCUCGGAUCUGGGCGAUGCAAGACUUCAACGGCACUACUUCUUACGAGCCCUCGCCUGUUACCAAGGUUGAUGGAAGAGAUGUUGUUGAGUUCCUGAAUGAGGAGGCCAAGUUGAGCGCAUACCACGACCCAGAUACCCGCUUUAAUGCCAUGUUCUUCAUGCAGCCAGCAGAGAACUUUGGAUACUUUACUAGUCCAAGAUUCUAUCCUGGCGCGAAUACAAACGUCACAUAUGAGAACGGGACGACCAAUACGUACAGGAACGGCGCCAUUGUUUUGCGGCCAGAUAUCUGGAGUAGCAUUAACAGUCCUGAGACUUUCUACGAGACAUACGUCCUUGCCAAUUCCAGUACCACCAGCUCCCUUGGAGUGAAGAGGAGGGAUGUCAAUGCUCCACCACUCAACCUCGAAAACCCGCGCGAUUAUGAGCUCCACGGCGCACUUGGACAUGAUUAUGGUGCCGUACCGGUCUUAUAUCCCGACCCCGUUGUUGCACAUUCAGCAGACAAGGUACCUUUGGCCGGCUACUUCAUCGACACAAGCGUUGGCAAGAUUGGCGUGCUAGUCAUCCAAACAUUCCUCACAGAAGACGUAUCCGCUGCCCGAGAGUUCCAGCGCGUAAUCCAAGAAUACAUAUCCCAAGCCCAAGCUCGCGGCGUAGAAAAACACAUCAUCGAUGUCCGCACCAACGGCGGCGGGAAAAUCUUAUCGGGCUACGACGCCUACCGCCAAUUCUUCCCCUCCCAAGUCCCGCAAACACAAUCCCGCUACCGCGGCCACCGCGCCAGCGAAAUCUUCGGCGAAAACAUAUCCAGCUUUGAAACCCUCAGCCUAACCAACGGCAUCCUCUUCACCAGCGUCUUCAGCAACGACGCCUACCUCUCCGCCUCGCUCGAACCCUUCAAGGACUGGAAAGCAAUGUACCCACCCAAACGCUUCAAAAACGACAACUUCACCUCGCUCCUGAAAUUCAACCUCUCAGACCCCUUAAUCACGAGCGACCCUCAACUAGGCGUCGGCAUCACAAUCACAGGCUACAACGAGCGCAGCAACUUUACCCAGGAUCCGUUCCGCGCUGAAGAUAUCAUUCUGCUCACCGACGGCAUCUGCGCUUCCACAUGCUCCAUCUUCACGGAACUCAUGACGCAGCAAUCAAACGUCCGCACACUCGCCGUAGGUGGCCGCCCCCAACUCGGCCCCAUGGUCGCAGUCGGCGGAACAAAGGGAACACUAGUCCUCCAGGACCUCUACAUGCACGCCUUAUCCACCUACAUAACCCUCGCUUUCGCCGACUCGGUCGGUCAGGCCUUGACCUGGCGAGACGUACUCCCUUUCCCCGCACCCAUUGCGUCGCUGGAAGCGAGCGUGAACUUCCAGGAUAACAUCCGCAAGGGCAUGGAGGGCGCGGGUGUGCCGACGCAAUUUCUUAAUGAUACCGCUAGUGCGAGGAUUUGGUAUCAGCCAGGCGAUUUCUUCAAUGUUACGAAGCUUUGGGAGAGGGUCGCGGGGGUAGCGUGGGGAAAGGAUGGCGGGUUGGAUGAGGGUGCCGUUGUGAGGGGGAGUAUGACAGGGAGGGAGCAGCAGACGGGGAGGGGGGAGGCGAAUCCGGGGAGUGAGAGUGAUGGGGGUGGGAAGGAGGAUGAGGAGGAUGCGGCUGUGGGGUUGAGGGCAGGGACGAAAGAGGGCAGGAAAUGGAUAGCCUACUACUUCUAUUGGGCUAUCCUUUUUCCCUAA